AUGGGCAAACGAAAUAUUGAAUCUAUUCGCGAAAGGAAUAUGCAAGAUAAUCAACGUUUCCUUAAACAACUUCAAAUGAAUAAUAUUCGCCGUGACUUUCUCAAAUCUGCUCGUUCAGUCGUAAAGAAGAGUGAAGAAAAGAAUAAAAACAACAUUCGAUAUGAAAAGGUGGAACGGUUUACACGGUAUAGUCUAAAAGUGAAAUCCGGUGAAAUUCAAGAACAUGUUUCUAAAUGGCAACAAAGUCUCAAACAAGGAAAAGGUCAACCUUCGAAAUGGACCCUCAUGUAUCGCAAUAAUCCCGAUCCAUAUAAACGCAUUUAUAAAACACGUUUUCAAUUGAUUUCGGUAGGCGGUAUGCCAAAUCAAAAGAGAAAUGUUGAAGAUAUUCGUCGAAAGAAUCUUGAAGAUAAUCAACUCUUUCUGAAACAAUUACUGCUGACAAAUAGCCGAGAUGAUUUCGUUAACUCUGCUCGCUCGAUUGUGCAGAACAGUCAUCAUACAAAAACGCCGGUAGAAUAUGAAAAAGUCGAACACAUAACUCGAUACAGUGAGAAAGUCAAGUCUGGUGAAAUUCUUCCACAUGUUCCGCAAUGGAAACUGGAACGUGAGCGGAAAUCAAUGGAGAGAGAGCAAAAGAAACAAGAGAAAGAAAUGAGACGAUUGCAACGAUUAAAACAAAAACUCCCUUCGAAAUGGGUUUCAUAUUAUAAAAAUAAUUCGAACCCAUAUGAACGUGUUUUUAAACCUCGUCACUCGAAAAUUGACGAACGAAUUCAAAACGAAAGUCACAAUAAAUAA